CCCGAGCACCCGCUCCCGCGUCCCCACGGCAUGCCGGGCCCCCGCCUGCUGGCCGCGCUCUGCGGCGCGCUCCUCUGCGCCUCGGGACUCUUCGCAGCCUCCGGUGACUUCUGUGACUCUAGCCAGUGCCUGAAUGGUGGGACCUGCUUAUUGGGCCAGGACAACACCCCCUUCUACUGCCUCUGCCCUGAAGGCUUCACGGGACUGAUCUGCAAUGAGACAGAGAAAGGUCCUUGUUUUCCAAACCCCUGCUACAAUGAUGCCGAAUGCCAGGUGAUUGGAGGCUUGUACAGAGGGGAUGUUUUCACCCAGUACGUCUGCAAGUGUCCUCACGGUUAUACAGGUGUCCACUGUGAGACCACCUGCACCAUGCCGCUGGGCAUGGAGACGGGCGCCAUUUCCGACUCACAGAUCGCUGCUUCAUCUGUGCACUUGGGCUUCAUGGGUUUACAGCGCUGGGCCCCAGAGCUGGCCCGUCUGCACCGCACGGGCAUUGUCAAUGCUUGGACGGCCAGCAACUAUGAUAAGAACCCCUGGAUCCAGGUGAACCUGAUGCGGAAGAUGCGGGUGACGGGCGUGGUGACACAGGGCGCCAGCCGCGCAGGCAGUGCCGAGUACCUGAAGACCUUCAAGGUGGCCUACAGUGUCAACGGACGCAAGUUCCAGUUUAUCCAGAGUGUAGAGGGGACAGGAGACAAGAUAUUUGUGGGUAACAUGGACAACAGUGGCCUGAAAGUCAACCUGUUUGACUUCCCUCUGGAGGUGCAGUACGUGAGGUUGGUGCCCAUCAUCUGCCACCGGGGCUGCACCCUCCGCUUUGAGCUCCUUGGCUGUGAGCUGAAUGGAUGUGCUGAGCCCCUGGGCAUGAAGGACAACUCCAUCCCUGACAAGCAGGUCACGGCCUCCAGCAUCUACAGGACCUGGGGCCUGAAUGCCUUCAGCUGGUAUCCCUUCUAUGCGCGGUUGGACAAGCAGGGCAAGUUCAAUGCCUGGACCGCUCAGACCAAUGAUGCCUCUGAGUGGCUGCAGGUUGACCUGGGCUCCCAGAGGCAAGUGACCGGCAUCAUUACCCAGGGGGCCCGAGACUUUGGCCACAUCCAGUACGUGGCAGCCUACAAGGUGGCCUACAGUAACGACAGCAUAAACUGGGCCGAGUACAGAGACCAGGGGGCCAUCGACAGCAAGAUCUUCCCUGGCAACUUGGACAAUAAUUCCCACAAGAAGAACAUGUUUGAGAUGCCCUUCCUGGCUCGCUUUGUGCGCAUCCUGCCCGUCGCCUGGCACAACCGCAUCACCCUGCGCGUGGAGCUGUUGGGCUGUUAGUGGUCAGCCUGGCCGGAGUGACCACAAGGGCCCUGGGGCACCCGCCCCUUACCUGGUCCUCCUGGCCUGCUGUUGGCCCGCUGCCUCCUCCACCACCCCACCUCCUGACUCUCGGCGACUGGCGGUGGGGGUUUCAGCCACCUUGCCUUCCCCCCUGCCCUGCCC